AUGAGUCAGCCUAAAGACUACCCAACCUCCCAUUCGUCGUCGCCGCAGCUGCCGCAGACGAGAACGCCUCCGUGGACUCGCUCCAGUCAGUCGCUCUGUCUGCCUUCGGUCACACAGGACGCCAACAUAAGGACUGGUUUGGUGACAACGGCGCCGUCAUCAGCAACCCGCUCAUCGAAAAGGACCGCUUGCACAAAGCCUACGUCACCGCCUCACCGACGACAAUACGCAGCCUUCUAUCGUAGUCGCCGCCUUGUGCAACAGCGACUGCGGGAGAUGCAGGACGCUUGGACAGCUCGGAAGUUUGGGGAGAUCCAAGGGUAUGCGGACCGCGACAAAUGGAAGAAUUCCUUCUUCGUGAGCAAGGCUGUCUGCGUUCCAUCAUCCAAAGCAACUUCUCCUCUUCUCAGCACUGACAGAAAUACCCUACUCACUGAGAAGACACAACUUCUACGGCGCUGGGCUGAGCACUUUAGAGGUGUCCUCAAUCAUCCCUCCAUCAUCUCCGACUCCGCCUUUGCCCGUCUGCCUCAAGUGCAGACUAACGUCGACCUCGAACUCCCACCCUCUCUCUCCGAAACCAUCAGAGCUUUGCAGCAGCUCUCCAGUGGGAAAGCGCCUGGGUCGGACGCACUGAGAGCUAUAAGCGCGGUAGCCGCCAACUCAUGGAUCAUCUGA